AUGACAACGAUAAAUCAAGACAUAAACCAGGAGAAAGACAACACAAAAGCAAGCUCCCUGAGCCGUGAGGAGCAGGAGUACAAGGGUGACACGCCGUCAGAGACUCCAGCAGCUGAAGCAGCAGAAAAAGAAACCUUAAAAUAUAAAACAUUUGGAGCGUCUUCUGUAGCCUCCAAGUCGGGACAGACGGAAGAUUACCUUCAAGAAAGUAGAAUUCUGCAAGAUCUUUCAAAAUCAGUUCCUCGUAAGAAGAAAGAGAAAUCAAAGAAAAAAAAGGAUCAAACUAACGCUUGUCCAAAAGUUAAGAAGAAAAAGCUGGUGUCCUAUGACAGGACAGAACCAGAGGAUACUGACGUGACAAGGCAUAUUAUUAGGCUAAGAGACAAGUUUGGUUGGCAGACGGUGUUACCGCAGCGCCGCCUGGAAUACAAAAGUUCCAGGCUUGCAGUUCCGGAGAUUAUUCUAAAGGAACCUUUAAAAGAUGAUGGAGAAUUUAUAUAUUGCCUUUCUCGGAAAAAUCGAAAAGGUCUCUACAAUCCGUAUGACCUUCAGGUGGUCUCUGCCCACAGAGCCAGACACAGCAAAGAAUUCUGGGUCAUUACAGCAUCAUCUGUCUCCAAGGUUACUAAAGUAGGUGGUUUAGAAGAACUAGAAUCUGUACCGACUUUGGAAUGGCUUCUAGAAAGAACGUGUUACCAUUUACUACAGCAAUUCAGGAUAUUUUACAGUUUUCGAAUUAAUAAAGCAUUUGUUACUUGGAAAUUGAAUGUUAGAAGAAUUAAGACCGAGAAGAGCAGGUCAUUUUUGCACCACAAUCUUUUUUGGGCUGAUGAGCUAUUUCAAGGCUGUCUGCUUUAUAUAAAGGGACUUUGUGAAGAUGCAGUUGACUACAAAAACAGUAAAGAACAUGAAGAUAAUGCAUCUGCCAUCUGCCUUAUAAACCUGGAUAGUUCUCGAACAUAUUCUCUAGACGAGUUUUGUGAAGAGCAGUCCCAGCAGGCUACCCGGGCAGUGAGACAGCUUGAGGAUUUGAGAGAGAAGGCUAUUUGCAAAAUGAAAAGUACAUUUUUGAAGGUGGCAGAAAAGAAAGAAAUUGAUGAAUACUUUGAGUCGAAACUCUCUGAAGAUGACACAACACAUUUCAAGCUGCCUGAAUAUCGACGUUUAUUAGAAACAAUUUUGAGGUUUCUGAGUCUGGUUGACUACAUAUUUCAGGAACUUGUCCGUCAGCUGAUGAACACUGCAGUCACACUACUUUUGGAAUUAUUUAAUAAUUCUGCUAGAAUGCCAUUUACAAGGGAAAAAAAGAAUGAAAAUCUCAUCAAAACACACAAGAAUAUCUUUGCUUUCACUGGAAAGAUAGCAAAUGAUGGUGAAGAAUUUGUUGGUAAUCCAAACUUAUGUGCCACUACUGUUUUUAAGUCAGAAGUGAAAACGGAAGCAGAUAUUAAUGAGAUUUUGAGUCGUAUCAAAGCGGAGAAGGAGUUGAGAAAAAUAUAUGCCCCGAUAUUUGAAGUGACUCUACACUUGAGUGCUCCUGGAGAAAGUGACUCUUCAGAAACUUCCACAGAGAACUCGCAUAAGUCCAACAAAGGCUCUGAAGAAUCUGGGGUGUGUGAAGAAGAGGCGUCCAAAAACGAAGUCAGUUUUGUCAUAAAACAGUCGAAUGAAGAAAUGCCAGUAAUGAAGAAACCAGAAAACGUUUGUUACAGCCUUGAAGAAAUUCUUUCAGAUGUAGAAAUCGGGACCAAGUUCGAGAAUAAAUACAUGUAUGAAUUUUCAGAAUUUGCUACAUACCUCUUCAUAGCUCCCAACAGAUUAGACUUUUCAAUAAAAAUUCAAAAAAUGGUGUCUGACAUUGAAAAACGUAUAACCAAGAUUAUUCCUCUUUGCCAAGAUCCUCGCCUGUCUGUCUUUACUGAGUCGGUCUUAAUUGUGAAUUUACCUAAUAAGACCGGAAGUGGAAUUGCCUCUAAGAAAACAAGCAGGUGGCCAGAUUGUCAGAUCCUUUUUGAAAUGGAUCCUACUUACCAAGACCAAAUUGCUAGUCUUCUGACCAUUAUUGGUAACUCCAUGGGCCUGGUUAGUGCUUACAGCUGCCAAUUUAUAAAGUACUGCUCCAUGGUACAGAGGGCCAGAGUCAUGGACGUGAAGAUGUCUUCUCUGGAGGAAUUAACUGCAGCACAGUUUAAAGCUAUACUAGCCAAAUUCAGAAACUAUCUGAAACACAUUGUUAAUAUGGUCAUUGAGAAACGCAUCGGUAUUUUCAGUGUUACGAGUCUCGAUUACCAGUCAGAAUGCCUACCUUACAUUGAGAAUAUCAUACAUCUGAGCCACAACCUCCUGCAAUCUGUAACUGAAAACAAGAGCACAAAUCUAUUAGAAGUGGUGGAGACGUCCCUGAGGAAGAUGGAGUGUGAUCCCACUGAAAUUGAAGAGUUUGUGGAGCAUUUUACCUUUCUGGAGGGGAUCUGCUCGAAGUUGUCUGUGUUGGAGAAAGAGUACUCCAAGAUCUCGCAGCUGCACUCUGUCAUAAGGUCCUACCAGGUCCAGAUUUCAGGAGAGCAGAUUACCAUCUACAAAAUUAUUCUCAUGAAGUUUGGUCAGCUGAAGACCGCCAUGAAGCUACGGGAGAUGAAUAAAGACGCCGCCAUUGCUAAAUUCAGAGACAGUCUGGAAGCGCACAUCACUGGACUGCGAGUCGAUGUCAGUAACUUGAAGGCCAAGAUCAGAACCCCCAUUCUGCUAUGUGCUGGGACGCGCAUGGCCACCGCUGUGGAGAUGAUGCGGACGCUAGCAGAGGAGGCGGCGGGUCUGGCACACAAAGCGAGCACCUACGCCAGCUUCCAGCACUGUUUCAGCGACUCCGAGGCCCACAUGCACUCCCUCAACAUGGACGAUAUCACACAGAUCGUGCGUGCAGAGAUUGCAGACAUCGAGUGCGACCUGGCCUUGCGGAAGACGCUGUGGGACACGCAGAAGGAGUGGAGAACGCGCUUCGCAGAGUGGAGGAACAGACCUCUCCAUGGGGUCGAUAUAGAAUCCGUUCAGAGACACGUUUCAAAAUGGAUGCAUGUAAUCUCCACACUAGAGAAAGGUUUACCUAAGAACGACCUGGUGACCCAUCUUAAGCAAUCAGUGACAGAAUUUAAACAAGUGCUGCCCACCAUCAUAGCUCUGGGCAACCCCUGUCUCAAGCCACGGCAUUGGGAGGCUGUCCAGGAGAUUAUCGGAAAGUUGGUGUCUCCUGAUAAGAACUGUACGGUAGAGAAUCUUCUAGCACUCAAGAUGUUUCAGUACGAAAACAAAAUAAACGAAAUCUCAACCUCUGCCACUAAGGAGGCUGCUCUUGAGAAAACACUGUUUAAGAUUAUUGAUCUGUGGAACACGACCCCACUACACCUGGUCGUCCAUCAGUCCGAGACGUACUCCGUCCUGAUCCUUUCAUCCACAGAUGAUGUCCUUGCUCAGCUAGAAGAGUCUCAGAUCACACUGGCAACAGUUAAAGGGUCUUCCUCUCUCGGGCCAUUUAAGGAUCUUGUGAAAAAGUGGGAUCAGAACUUGACUCUCUUCUCUUACACUCUGGAGGAAUGGAUGAAUUGUCAAAGAAAUUGGCUGUAUCUGGAACCAGUCUUUUAUUCUGUAGAAAUACAAAGGCAGCUCCCCGCGGAAGCAAAGCUCUUCUCUCAAGUGAUCUCCAUGUGGGGAGAAAUCAUGUCAAAAAUACAGAACAAGCUGGAUGCUUUGCGGAUAACUACCUCUGCUGGGUUCCUCGAAACUCUGCAGAACUGCAAUCUGCAUCUGGAAUACAUAAUGAAGAGUCUUGAGGACUACCUUGAAAUUAAAAGAAUGAUUUUCCCCAGAUUUUACUUUCUCAGCAACACUGAACUUCUCGACAUCAUAGCGAAUAGCAGAAACCCAGAGUCUGUACAGCCUCAUCUUGCAAAAUGCUUUGAAAAUAUAAAGCAGUUACUGCUGUGGAAGCAAGAAAUCGGGCCCCCGGCCGUCAUAAUGCUCAUAUCUGCGGAAGGGGAGUGUCUGCUGCUGCCCAAGAAAAUCCGAGUGAGGAGCGCGGUGGAGCAGUGGCUGGUGAAUGUGGAGAAGAGCAUGUUUGACGUGCUGAAAAAAUUUAUAAGUCAAGGGGUCGAAGACUGGAGCUCCCAGCCUUUCUCCACGUGGGUGGUGUCUCACCCGGGGCAAGUGGCCCUCACGGUGAGCCAGAUCAUGUUUUCUAGCGACUGCAUCAGAAGCUUUGCGAGUCCCCGUUCACGAGAAGCGCUGGAGGAAGUCCGUGCCACUCUGAUGGGUCGCCUGGAGGAGAUCACGGAGCUGGUGGCGCUGGGUGCGGGGGGCGCGCGCACCAAAGCCGUCCUGGGGGCGCUGCUCACGCUGUACGUCCACUGCAGGGACACCGUGGGGGGCCUGCUGCUGAAAGGGGUCCUCAGCGCCGACGACUUUGAGUGGACCAGACAUUUGCAGUAUCACUGGAGCGAGAAACAGAAGCUGUGCUACGUGUCUCAAGGCGAUGCCAACUUCACCUAUGGCUACGAGUACUUGGGCUGCACCCCCAGACUGGUCCUUACGCCCCUGACCAACAGGUGCUGGCUCACGCUCACGGGGGCUCUGCUCCUGAAUCUCGGAGGCUGCCCCGCAGGGCCCACUGGGACGGGCAAAACAGAGAGUGUCAAAGAUCUAGCCAAAGCUGUAGGCAAACAUUGUGUGGUGUUCAACUGUUUUGAGGAUUUGGAUUAUAAGAUCAUGGGAAGAUUCUUCCUCGGACUGGUCCAGUCCGGGGCGUGGUGCUGUUUGGACGAGUUCAACCGGAUUGAUGCGCGUGUCCUCUCUGUGAUUGCGUCGCAGAUCCUGACAAUCAAGGCCGCAAAAGACAGCUAUUUGGUCAGGUUUGUACUGGAAGGAAAAGAAAUCCGUAUCAAUAUGUCUUGUGCUAUAUUUGUCACCAUGAAUCCCGAGUACAAAGGGCGAGUAGAACUCCCAGAUAACUUAAAAUCUCUGUUCCGCCCAGUGGCGAUGGUGGCUCCGCAUUAUCAAAUGAUUACUGAAACAAUGCUGUUUUCAGUCGGUUUCAAAUCGGCGAAGUCCCUCUCUAGGAAGCUGGUCAACAUUUACAACUUAGCUCACAAACAACUCUCACAACAGGUUCAUUAUGAUUUUGGCUUGAGGUCUCUGAAGACCAUUUUAACACUGGCUGGAAAAAAGAAAUGGGAGUUAAAGUGUAACACUAAUGGCAACCUUUCUGAAAUGGAUGAAAGUCUGAUCCUUAUUGAGGCUAUACGAGAAGCUAGUUUACCAAAAUUUCUCCCGCAAGACGUCCCACUUUUUGAAAAGAUUAUAGCAGACAUUUUUCCUGGAGCAGUGGUUUCGACAGUAAAUCAAGUUGCCUUCGAGAAAGUAAUAUCUGUUGCAGCACAACAGUUGGGCUUCCACCAGUGGCCAGCUCAGAACAAGAAAAUCAUACAGUUUUAUAAUCAACUUCAGACUUGUGUUGGUGUGAUGUUAGUAGGCCCAACAGGCGGAGGAAAGACAACAGUCAGAAGAAUUUUAGAAAGAGCAUUAACACUAUUACCAGUUGAAGACUUCCUGUCAACUAAAGAAAGAGAGUCUAUUUCACAGAUUCCAGGAAGAAAAGGAAAAGUAGAUAUUUGUGUUUUAAAUCCAAAGUGUAUCACUCUUAGUGAACUAUAUGGACAGCUAGACCCUAACACUAUGGAGUGGACAGAUGGACUAUUAUCAACAGCAGUUCGAAAUUAUGUGUAUUCUAAUACUGCAAGGUACUCAGAAAAGGACAGUGAUCUUGGACUGAAAUCAAGAAUCUCAGAUGCAUCUAAUGUUUUCAAACUUGAUUCCUCUGAUCUAGCAGAUAUUGAUGAUAAUAUUUUUAAGGAGAUGGAGAAAGAUGAUAAAAUCCCAGAAAGUCAGAACUACGACUGGCAGUGGAUUGUUUUGGACGGUCCGGUGGAUACGUUUUGGGUAGAAAAUCUGAACACCAUGCUGGAUGAUACGAGAAUGUUGUGUCUGGCGAACAGUGAGCGAAUAGCCUUGACUGACAAAAUACGUUUGGUCUUUGAGACGGACAGUCUCUCUCAGGCCAGUCCUCCGAUUGUCAGCCGCUGUGGGAUGGUCUACAUGGAUCCUGUAGAUCUGGGAUGGAAGCCCUAUGUUAAGUCGUGGCUUCUGAAAACGUCUAAACUUAUGAGUCAAACAGGAGUGAGCUAUCUUGAAUUCUUGAUUAAAAACAGUGUCACAGACGGACUGCAGUUUAUAAAGAAGCAUCAGGAAUGUCAGCCGUUUCCCGUACAGGACAUCUCAGUGGUUACCACUCUCUGCAGAAUUCUCGAUGCUUUCUUUGAAUUCAUGAGUGAAAAUGGAGGCUUUGGAAAACGAUUCAUCCAAAGGCUGGGACACUGGCCUGUGGCACUUGGGCCCUUCUCAGUCCAUGAAGCCAACAGAUGGAAGUGUCAGCGCCCCUCCCCCACAGGCCCCAGAGCCACAGAGGCCCGGCAGGUGCACAUCCCGUUCUCACCUUGGUUCUUCUCGCUUCCUGACGAGAGCUGUGACCCCACUUGGGCGUCAGUGGCCCCUCGCGGCCACCACCAGUGCCCUCUGUGCCAUGGCGUGGCCUCGGCCCCCGUGGCGGCAGACACACAUCUGAGUGACUACCUGAAGGACAUUUCAACAGGGGAGAAAACUUCUCUGUAUUCAAAAGUUUUUGCCAAAUUCAAGAACACAGGAGAGAGAGCUGAAAAUACAUGGUAUCUGGAAAAGAAUCCUGAUAAAUUGAAAGUAAUGAUUCAGAAGCUCUUCGUGUUUGCAUUUACUUGGGCGUUUGGAGGAGUUUUACAACAAGACCAUGACCAUGAAGAUGACACAGUGCCAUAUUCGAACUGUGAGCCUGGCUCACCUGCCAGGGUCACCUAUGGCUUUGACAACCUCGUCCAUGAACUGUUUGAAAAUAACCCACAAAUAGGCAUCACCCUACCAAGCGGUAACCGUUCUAUCUUUGAGUAUUUUGUGGAUUUACAGCAAUGCGAAUUCGUACCUUGGUCAGAGUUACUGCCCAGUAUUCAGACACUCAUUCAAAAAGGAACUUCAGUGCUAACUGACCCACCAGCACCCAGUGAGAACCUCCUGAAGAUCACAGACUGUGGUGAAAACAUCACCCAUAUUGCUACCAGAGACUCGGUGUCCUUUACUUUCCUCAUAAGCCUCCUUUUAAAGAAUUUCUGCCCUGUACUUCUCACAGGAGACUCUGGCGUUGGGAAAACCACUACCAUCAAUCAAAUGCUUGAAAAGUUGGAGGGUCCUGGAGCAUUUGGUGUGAAAUAUGGGUCAAUUUUAGGAGAAGUCCUGUUGUAUAACGAAAUUAAAAAAUCAAGGUUCCUGAAGCAGAACAUCAGCAUCUUGCUCUCUGAAGCUCAACAGAGAACGACCACAAGGCUAGAUGGGAAGACUAUUAGAAAGCCAGAAGCUGAAGCUGAUGAAAGCUCAUUGAAAAAAAAUAAUAAAGGAAUUAUCGUCUCAACGAUAAAUUUUAGCAUCAGUAUGACUGCCACCAAGGCCAAGGAGAUGAUCCUUAAGAAGUUAGUCAGAAGGACGAAAGACAGUCUCGGGGCGCCAAAGAGCAACCAGAUUGUAAUAUUCAUUGAUGACCUGAACGUGCCUGAACCGGACACGUAUGGGGUCCAGCCACCCCUGGAGUUGAUCAGACAGUUGCUGGAUUUGGGAGGACUUUAUGACACCAAGACGAUCACGUGGAAGAACAUUCAAGAUCUUUCUCUGGUGGCAGCCUGUGUCCCUCUGGCAGCGAGGAGGCACAUCAGCCCGCGUCUCCUCAAACACUUCUCCGUCCUGGUGCUGCCGCAGCCGCCACAGAGCGCCUUACGUACCAUUUUCCAGACCCAUUUGGGAAUGUAUUUCUCCAUCAAUAACUUCCCCAUUGACGUCCAGAGAUGUCAGGAUCAAAUAGCAUCUUGCUCGCUGGCCAUGUACCGCCAAGUAUGCCAGAACAUGCUGCCGACUCCCGCCAAAUGCCACUACAUGUUUAACCUUCGAGACAUGUUUAAGCUUCUUCUAGGCUUGCUGCAAGCUGAGAAGGCUGCUGUCAACUCCAGAGAGACGCUGGCCCUGUUCUUUGUUCAUGAAGCCACUCGAGUGUUCCAUGAUCGCCUGAUCGACUAUCCUGAGAAGGGGCUUUUCUAUCAGUUUCUUUCAGAGGAACUUGAGAACUAUUUUCAGGUUAAUUGGACGAAAGAGAAACUGAUGAGCGACUCAGUUGUAUUUGUGGAUUUCUUGGAUAUAAACAAGCCUCACAGGAAGAAGAUGUAUCGGAGCACCAGUGACUAUAACAAACUCGCCAGUGUGCUGAGUGAGUUCCAGAUGAGGUCGACUUCAACACCCUCGGAGACUUCUUACCCCAUCGUGUUCUUCAGGGAAGCCAUCGAACACAUCGCAAGAGCAGCCAGGGUCCUCCGGCAGCCGGCGAGUCACAUGCUACUGAUUGGCGUAGAUGGGUGUGGGAAGAAGACCUGUGCGACCCUGGCGUGCCGCCUGACGGAGUGCAAGCUGGUGCUCUCGCCUCACAGUCACGCCCACACAGAGUUCAGAGAAGCCCUCAAAAGAGGGUUUAUUCAAGCAGGACUAGAGGGGAACCCCACCGCUUUGAUAGUUGCUAACAUAAACCUAAAGCAGGAGUCAUUUUUGGAAGAUUUGAACGCCAUUCUCAACUCGCAGAAAAUCCUGGACUUGUUUGAAGAUGAGGAACUGGGCUCCAUCGUGCUAAGGUUCCGCUCCUUUGCCGAGCAGUCUGGUUCUGUCGACAACAGGCAAGCUUUACUUGCCCUCUUCCAGAAGAGAAUACAUAAAAAUCUUCACGUCUUCAUGACGGUGAGCCCCACGGGACACAACUUCCGCCAGCACUGCCAAAAGCACUCUUCCAUGGUCACCACGUGCACGGUGGACUGGUACGAGAGGUGGCCAGAGGAAGCCCUCCUCACUGCCGCCCAUUCUGUCUUAAGAGAGAAGGUGGAUUUGGAGAGCAGGGAGGACUUAAAGGAAAAUCUCGCCCCAGCAUGUGUCCAAAUCCACAAAAGCAUAAAAGACUUGAACACAACGUACUUUCAGAGGACUGGACAGCAUCAUUACGUCACUCCCAACAGCUUCUUGCAAUUCAUGGAUACAUUUGCUUACAUACUGAGGUCACGCUGGAGGGAGAUGCAUACAAAGAGGAGUCGUUUGCACAUGGGCCUCAGCAAGGUCUUGGAGGCCACGUCUCUCAUUACAGAAAUGCAGGAGGAGCUCCUGACUCUCGGCCCCCAGAUAGAACAGAACACAAAGGAUAAGGAAGCCCUAGUGAAAAGACUGCAGAAAGAUUCACAAGUAGUCGAGAAAGUUCAGAUGCUCGUUAAACAAGAUGAGGAAAUUAUGGCAGAAGACGUAAGAAUUGUGGAAGAUUAUGCGCAGAAAACCGCCAGAGAGAUCAGGAGCGUGCUGCCUGCUCUGGACAAGGCCACCAUGGCCCUGAGUGCUCUGGAUAGAGCUGACGUCGCCGAGCUAAGGGUGUAUACGCGGCCUCCCGCCCCCGUGCUGAUGGUCAUGAACGCCGUGUGCAUCCUUCUGCAGAAGAAACCCAACUGGGCCUCGGCAAAGCUGCUGCUCUCAGAAACCGGUUUCCUGAAAAAACUGGUAAACCUGGACAAGGACAGCAUCCCCGACAAGGCUUUCAUGAAGCUGAAAAAAAUUGUACUCUCACCUGAUUUCAACCCAAACAAGAUCGCUUUCAUUUCUAUAGCCUGUUCCUCUAUAUGCCAGUGGAUCAUAGCAUUGAGCAACUACCACGAAGUGCGGAAGCUGGUGGGCCCGAGGCAGAUGCAGGUGGCCGAAGCCCAGAGCGUCCUAAGAUAUGCACGGCAGAGGCUGGCUGAGAAACAGAGAGGUUUGCAGCUGAUCGAGGAGCAUGUGCUGGUUUUGCAGGCAACCUACAAGGAUCUCCUUGCUCAAAAGCAGCUACUGGCAAACAGGAAGACACUGGCCACCAGGCGCCUGCACUGUGCGUCCAUCUUACUCACCACCCUGAAAGACGAGAAGACUCAAUGGCAAGAAACAAUCGAUCAAAUAGACAAGAAGUUGGAAGGAAUUUGGGGUGACAUACUUCUUUCAGCCGCAUGCAUCGUCUACAGUGGACCCUUAACAGCAGAAUUUCGCCAGUUGAUUGUGAACAAAUGGGAGACUCUCUGCACUGAAAACAACAUUCCUUUGUCUCCUAACUUUUCUUUAAUUGAAGUCAUGGCACAAAAACAUGAGAUCCAACGGUGGCACUCGCAGGGGCUCCCGCUCGGUCAGUACGCGACCGAGAAUGCCAUCUUGACCACGAACUGCCUGCAGUGGCCACUGCUGAUUGACCCGCAGAAGCAGGCGCACAAUUGGAUCCGGCAGAUGGAAGGGUCCAGGCUUCAGGAGCUCUCCGUUGAGGACGGCAGCUAUAUCCAAACCAUAGAGAAUGCUGUGAAGACAGGAGGGAGUGUCCUCUUGCAGAACCUCCCUGAACCGUUAGCUCCAAGUUUACAGGCGAUUCUGAAGAAAGGUGUCCAGCAGAAAAGAGGACAGUGUCUCAUCAGGGUGGAUGACUCUGAGAAUGAAGACAGCUCCCACUUUAGGUUGUUCAUUUCCACAGACACAGACAACCCCCAUUUCCCUUCGUCGGUGUAUGACUUUGUGACUCUGAUCAACUUCGCCAUAACAUUCCAAGGUCUGCAGGGUCAGCUCCUGUCUACAGUAUUAACUCAUGAAGUUCCUCACUUAGAAAAUCAACGUUUCCAGUUACUGGAGAGUAUAUCCCUUGAUGCAGUGGCUCUUGAAGAGCUAGAAGAAACAACGUUAAACAUUCUGCAGACCGUACAAGCGCGUGUACUGGAUGACGAGGAAAUUGUGGACAUCCUAAGGAAAUCCAAAGCGGCCUCUAGUGAGAUUGCAGAGCGCAUCAAAGCGACAGAGAAGGCAGAAGGCGAAAUCGGAGCGCUGCGGGGCCGCUUCGCGCCGCUGGCCACACGGGGCGCCCUGCUCUACUUCCUGGUGGCCGGGCUCGCCCGCCUCAGCCCCGUGUACCGCUUCCCCCUGGACUGGUUCCGCCGAGUGUUCGUGCGAUCGGUGGUCCCCCGGGGCGGAGAACCCGAGCGUACCCCGAAAAGGGCGGCCACGCCUCUGGAAACGGGUUGCGACGCCGCAGACCCCCCCAGGGAGCCCGAGCUAGAGAGCGACCAGCGUCUCUUAGAGAAGCACCUGCAGCAGGCGACGGAUGUGCUGACAAGAAAGGUGUUUAAGGUGGUGUCCUCGGCUCUGUUUAACCAGCACAAGCUGUGUUUCUCCUUCCGGCUCUGCACCGCGAUCAUGCAGAAUAAUGCUGGGGCCCGGCCGGUGCACCACGACCCCGGGUCCCUCCCGGACCACGAAUGGGACAUCUUCUUACAUUCCGACACGCUGACGAAAGCUAAAGGCCUGCCGCCCCCGCGUAAGCUUAAUAACGCGUAUGAAACCUGCAGACAGCGGCACCUUGGGUGGCUGUCGGGCUCCGCAUGGGAGCAGUGUCUGUACGUCAGCCGCGAGCUCGAGCCGUUCGCGCUGCUGUGCGAGUCCCUUCUGUCCCACGUGGCCCAGUGGAGCGCCUUCAGGACCAGUCCGGCCGUCUACGGCCUGAUGAGCGCGCCCUUCCCUCCAGAAGAGGCUCCGGUGGAGGACGCUGAACUUCUGAAUGAAGAUGAAGGAAUACACAGGCCUAGGAAUUUCCCCUGGGAGAAACUCACUCCAUUUCAAAGACUCAUUUUGAUAAAAAUUCUUCAGCCAGAGCAUUUAAAGAAUUCAGUGAGAAGGUUUGUAGCUGAAAAAAUGGGAAAUGAAUAUAGUCUCCAAACUGGACUUAAUUUGCAAGAGUCAUAUGAGGAAUCCAAUGCCAGAACUCCACUGAUACUCAUUCACCCCCAUGGGACUGACCUCACCAGCACACUCCUGAAAUUUGCACAAGAGUUGAAAGGAGGAACGCAGCACGUGACGGUGAUCUCCCUGGGCCGCGGCCAGGCGGCGAAGGCCGAGGAGGCCAUCAUGGCGGCCCUGAGCAGCCCCGCGCACUGGGUCUUCCUCCACAACUGCCACCUCGCGGCGUCGUUCAUGCCCCGGCUCUGCUCCAUCAUAGACUCAUUUCAUAGCCCAGAUAUGACCGUAGACCCUGAGUUUAGGCUGUGGUUAAGCACAAAGUCGGGCGGUUCUUUCCUGAUUCCUGUUCUUCAGAGGAGCUUAAAGGUUGCAGUGGAAACCCCCCACGGACUGAAAAAUAAUUUACUCCAGAUGUUUGGACACAGCGGAAGUGGGGACGUGACAGAAGAGAUCUUUGAAAAACCAGACUGUGGACCCUGGUGGAAAAAACUUUUAUUCAGCUUAUGUUUCUUCAAUGCGCUAAUCAAUGAAAGAAAAAACUAUGGACUACUGGGCUGGAAUGCUGCUUACAAAUUUAGCUCUUCAGACUUGGAGGUCGCCAUGAAGGUGCUGGAAAGCGCCCUGAACACCCAGAGCAGCGUUUCGUGGCAGAAACUGCGCUACCUGAUCGGGGAAGUGACUUAUGGCGGCCGGGUGACCGACACCUGGGACAGGCAGUGUCUUAAUGCCCUUCUCUACAAGUUCUGCAACCCAGAAGUGCUGAGGGAGGACGUCAGCUUCUGCAGCGAUGAGAUACGGCAGCCGGUGCCAAAGUCCGCGAGCUUGAGGGAUUACGUCCGCCUCGUCCAGUCCUUGCCCGACGACGACACGCCAGAGCUGCUGGGGCUGCACCCGGAGGCUGUACGGAGCAGCAGGGAGGCUGAGGGCCAACGCCUCGUGGACAGUCUCCUUGCCCUGCAACCCGGGGCCGCCGCCCAUCUCGUGAUCCGUCACGAGCAGAGUAACGACGAACUGGUGAUGGAAAUCCUCUCCGACCUGCUGAAGCGGCUGCCGGUGUCCGUGGAGAAGGAGAAAUGUGUGGCGCCUCCCAGCACCUUGAGGUGCCUCAUGUCCAGCCCCAUUUGGGAGUCUCUUUGUAAGAGCGUCCAAGGCUAUGAUCCCCUUAUCCACUGUGCCUUGCUAACCUUUCUGAGCCGAGAAAUUGAGCGAUUUGAUACGUUCUUAUUUGUUGUGCAUGAAUCUUUGAAAGGCCUUCAACUUGCGCUAAAAGGAAAAACCCUCCUCACCCAAGAAUUAGAGGAAAUAUAUGAGUCUUUCCUUAACUCGAGAGUGCCUAUGCUGUGGCAGAAACAUGCCUACAAGUCCUGUAAGCCCCUGAGCUCCUGGGUUAAUGAUCUCAUCCAGCGAGUUAAUUUCUUCAACACUUGGGCCAAAAUGGCUUACACCGCAAUACACCAUCGGUAUGUGAGGCUUGUCACCACCUGGAAGCGGCCUAGCUCGUCAUCCACCCAGACCCCCAGAUACUCUAAUGACAAAACCAGUGAUUUUUUUGAAGGAUUUCCGGCGAGAUACUGGCUCCCAGCAUUCUUCUUUCCGCAAGCCUUUCUUACAGCUGUGCUUCAGGACUACGGACGGUCCCAAGGAGUCGCUCUCGAUGCCCUCGCGUUUGCCCACCGUGUGAUCGCGGGCACCGCAGACCAGGAGCUCUCCGCACUCCACAUGACACUCAACACCGUCAGGAGAGCCUUUAAGGACACAGACCGCACUCACGUCGGAGUUCAUGUUUUCGGUUUAUUCAUCGAGGGGGCCAGGUGGAAUCAGGAACAGAACAUACUAGAGGACUCGCUGCCUCAUGAGCUCUGUUACGAUUUUCCUGACAUCUACUUCCUGCCAACAAAGCUUUCUACAGAACGAGCAGGCGCCUCAGACCAGACCGACCCGCAGCUCCACACAUUCGAGUGCCCGGUGUAUCAGACGCCCAAGCGGUCGAGAACUCUGACCACCACCGGCCCGCCUGCAGACUUCCUGACCUCCGUGCACUUACCUACGAAGAGACCCCCCAGUCACUGGGUCACCAUGCGGGUUGCCUUGCUGUGUGAGAAAAGGGAGAAAUAAACGUGUGCACCAAACCCC